AUGAACGGUGGCAACGGGAUGAUAAGGAGAUCUGUAUCAUUCUCUGGAGUGGGUGGCCACCACCACCAGCCGCCGCCGCCAGCUGCGGAGCACGAUCCGGAUCUUCAGGCGGAAGAUGACGGCGACGAGGUGGAGGAUCAGGAAGACGCGCCGCUGGGGGAGAAGAAGCGGAGACUGAGCCAGGAGCAAGUGGCGGCGCUGGAGAAGAGCUUUGAGCAGAAUAACAAGCUCGACCAGGAGCGGAAGAUGAAGCUGGCAAGGACGUUGAAUUUGCAGCCACGGCAAGUGUCUAUAUGGUUCCAGAACCGAAGGGCAAGGUGCAAGACCAAGCAGAUUGAGAAGGAUUAUGAACAGCUGAAGAAGCAGAUGGAGAUCCUGAGGGCAGAUAAUGAAGUUCUCCGCGCUCAGAAUCAGCAUUACCACUCUGAGCUGAUGGCAUUGAAAGCAAGAGCUCCAACUGGGAUGGGAGUAAUCAACUUGAAUCAGCAUGAGAAUGAUCAGGCUUCCUGGAGUAACGGAAGCGACAAUAGCCUAGACAUGAACAUUUUCCCUAAUUCCGUAGUUCAGCCUAAUUUCGUGAAGCCAGAUAUUCCCAACCAGAACGGCGGCGGAUUAAUGGGUAACGUCAUGUUCAACAAUGUGGAGGAGCAGCCCAGUUACUGGCCGUGGCCGGAGCAGCCGAAUUUCCGUUGA